AUGUUGAAGAACAACAUGACGCUUAUUCUUCAGCUAGUGGCAUAUAGUUUUAGGAUGCAUACACAGAUGAUUGCAUGUGCGAUAUGGGUGGCAAUUAAUCCGGUAUGGAUACUCGGGUCGGUGUUCUGUGGCUUCAAGGUCGGGAUAAUCGACGGAGUGAAAUGCAUGCUUAUUUCUCGGAGCCAAGGGAAAGAGCCUUUAAAGAUUAAAAAGAUGGAGGUUCCCCAGGGAAAGAAGGGAGGGAAGCUUUGUUACAGAAAAUACAUUUCUCGAAGAAUCCCCAGGAGGUUUCUUCAAGGAAACCUUAUCCUGGUUAUAACGGACAUUGUUGACAGUUCGAACCUUUGGAACUGUUUCCCUGAUGCAAUGAAUAGAACAAUUGUCUUUCACGACGAAAUUGCAAGGAGAUUAUGUAAGGAGCAUGGAGGCCUAGAGGUGCGAAAUGAAGGAGACUCCUUCUUGUUUGUGUUUACAGAUAUUCCAAAUGCACUUGAUUUCUCUAUAGAGUUUUAUAGAGAGAUCAAGUGCAUUUCUUCUAAUUUAAAAAAUCUUUAUUAUGAAGAGUCUGGGGACAGGAAGACAGAUCUCCUUCCCAUAGGGAUUCGGAUAGCUGUGAGCAAGGGACACAUUAUGGUGCGGCACAACGAAUUUCUUGAAAUCUACGGAGAUGUCGUGGAGAAGACCUUUGAGAUGCUAAACCAUUCCAAUAGAAAUAUCUGCAUCUUAGAGAAUUGUUUGAUACCCGACUACUCCUGGAACGCCAAGAAACAUCUAUUUUGUAUUCAUAAAUAA